CUACCCCCCCUGGAACUUGUAGUACUGUGCUCCUCGGUGCGUCUCAUGUUGACAUGCAUAAAAACUACACUUCCCCAAAGCUGUCACAGAGCGCUCCCGCCUCCCAUUGGCUGGCCGCUCCAGCCGCAGCCCCAGAGAAUGAAUGAAAUUGAAAUAGCUGCUACAUUACAUGUACAAUACCGGGCUCUGCAGUGUUGCAUUCUAUCAUACUAUAUCAAAAUGGCCACAGCGGUACAGAACCCCCUCAAAUCGCAAUCUGGAGGCGCAGUCAUCAAGAACAGUCUUGGAGAGGAGUUUUAUAAGGAGGCCAUCGAACACUGUCGCAGCUACAAUGCCCGUCUGUGUGCAGAGCGCUCCAUGCGGCUCCCUUUCCUGGACUCCCAGACCGGGGUGGCCCAGAGCAACUGCUACAUCUGGAUGGAGAAGAACCACCGUGGACCAGGUCACGCUCCGGGCCAGUUGUACACAUACCCCGCUCGCUGCUGGCGCAAGAAGAGACGGCUAAACAUCUUGGAGGACCCGCGGCUUGUACCGAUCGAGUUCAAGAUAGACUACGAGGCAUCUUUAAAGAAGGAGGGGGGGAUCCCAGACGGUCCCGUGCUGGAGUCGCUGCUCGCUGGGGAAACCCUGGACAAGAAGGUAGAAACCAAGGAAGAAGAGCCCAUGAGCGAGUGUCAGAAGCUGCUUGUUGGGGAUUUCCCUCAUGAGCUGGAGGCGGACGACAUGGAUGAAGAUGUUCCGAAGCGCAAGAACCGUACCAAAGCACGAGCCUAUGGUGUUGGGGGCAUGAGAAAGAGACAAGAGCCGCCUGCCAUUGAAGACAGAGACAAGCCUUAUGUCUGUGACAUCUGCGGGAAGCGCUAUAAGAACCGCCCAGGGCUGAGUUACCACUACACUCACACACACCUGGCAGAUGAGGAGGGUGAAGAAGACUCAGAGCGACACACGCUACCCUUCCAACGCAAGAACAACCACAAGCCCAAGAAAGCAGCGGAUGGCUCAGUCAUUGCCAACGGCUACUGUGACUUUUGCCUCGGAGGCUCAAAGAAGACCGGCUGUCCUGAAGACCUUAUUUCCUGUGCGGACUGUGGACGCUCAGGCCACCCGUCCUGUCUGCAGUUCACAGUGAACAUGACAGCUGCGGUGAGGACUUAUCGCUGGCAGUGCAUCGAGUGCAAGUCCUGCAGCCUGUGUGGCACCUCUGAGAACGACGACCAGCUGUUGUUCUGUGACGAUUGUGACAGAGGCUAUCACAUGUACUGUCUGAGCCCUCCGAUGUCUGAGCCGCCAGAGGGGAGCUGGAGCUGUCAUCUGUGUCUAAGACAACUGAAGGAGAAGGCCUCAGCCUACAUCACCCUCACUUAAUCUGCUGAGCUGCGCCUCUUCCUCUUGGCCCUUCAUCCUCUCCCAAAACCACUUCUCCGUAACCCCCCCUCACAGUGCCUGUGAGCCCCCCCCUUCUCCUCUUCUGAUCUGCUCGCCGCUACUCUCUCUACGUUCUGUCCCCGCGACCUUUGACACGACUGAGCACACAGCAACCACGGCGAUGCAUAUUCCCGAAACGUCUUUCCAGUGGCAAGCCAACCUCCGCCCCGUUUAUUUAUUUAUUUUGGUCACUCGAAUUCCCUGUUGUGCUUGACCUGAACCCCCCCCCCCUCAUUCUUGCUCUGUCUCAACAGAGGAAUUCAUCAGCUGGCAAUAAGUUUGCUAGCAAGACACACACUUCAGCCUGCCAAGGGCACUUCUGAGGCAUACUACUCCACAGGAACCCUCAUAAGGGCCCUCGGAUGAGCCCUAAUGAUCUUCAGCUGCAACUCAGUCAAGUAGUGAGCGAGAAUUAAUAAGAUGGAUAGGUGUUAGGCAGAGGACAGGGCAUUGAAGACCCUGGAUAACCAUGGAGCAGUAUGUUUCGGUGUUAGCCAACUGUGAAAUAUACACCCAAUCAAAAUUUCAUUUACUCCCUCUGUCCUUUACCGUGCACGGCAGAGCUGAGACACUGAACUCUGCUCCAUUAUUUGUCUGCAGGGUUUCCUGCUCCAUGCAGUUUUUUUAAAGGCGGAGUGAAUUGUACAGAAUUUCGACUGAUUCUCCAUCUACGCGCUCAUAAAACCUCACCCUCGCCGGACACGUCGGAGCCUCUGGUCAGGAACUCAGACCAUCUUUGACCUCACCCUGUCCUCUCUCGUUGCAUGGGGUUUUCCCACAAAAUUAAUGAUGCAUUUUGGGAUUGACACCGGUGGUUUUUAGUGUGCGGAUGUGAUCCUCUGAUUGAAGGAGAGAAGGAUUUUUCUCUUAAUCAACUAUCUCUGAUCAAACGAUGUAUUUAAAAAUACAAUUUAGGCUUAGCGUCCCUCACAAAUCCUUUACCUGACCUUUGUUUGCCCUUUCCCUCGAUGAAACAAUGACUGUGAAGCCAAUGCGAGACUAAAACGCUCCUGGUGCUUGGUGUGUAUUAUCUGUGUGUUAAGAAUGUAGGAUCAAUGUGUGGACAAUGCAGAUCUUUGUCUGGCCUAUGCGGAGGCCAAAAAAACAUAUUUUUUAAUGAUUCCUUUUUUUUUAUUUCUUUUUCAUUCGCAUGUUGUUGUUUCAAUUGUUUUUUCAAAACUUGUAAUUGAAAUCGAAGAGAAAGCACACUUAAUUCGCAAUAAUGUGUUUGUAAUAUGAACUCUUUUGGCCAAACUGGGUGUGUGUGAGUGUGUAUGUGUGUGUGUGUGUGUGUGUGUGCAUGUCUGUUUGUGGGACUUUAUUUGAGAACUACAAUAAUUGUAGCCAUUUUCAAGCUAGGCAGGAUCUGUGCGAGGAUCUGAGUAGCAGAGAGGUCAAGUGGAUGUAAGGAAAGUCGGCAUUUUCUCGUCCAGGUAUUCUGACAGAGUGAAGACAAAAAGAAAGUGUUAAAGGAAUUGUUUCAUCAUUUCACGGUGGCUUAUAUGCCAGAGUGCAUCUUGAAGUGACUCUGGAAAGUGUGGAAGAAAUGAAUAGUAUGGCACAUAACCCACACUGAACAUCAUCAUUUUUAUCAUUUACAACCUUUGGUUUUAUAUUACACAUUAAUCUAUAAACAUUAGAGGUGCUGGUAGCCAGGAUGAGAGGUGAAACAUCUUCAAAAAACGUAAAGAUGUCCAGUCACCUUUGAUUCAAGGGUCUUAGACUACCAUGACCUGGAUGAGUGAAACCCUACACAGACAUACGGCCAGGAUAACUGUUUCCUACAGUGGCCCUGAGAGGUCAAAGGCACUGCAGCUAAGAAAAAUAACACCAACACAUACUAAAAUGUUGUAAUAGCACACAAAGCAAAAUUGAAGAUGAGUAAAACACAAUAUAAAUAGAAAAAUACAACAAACUUUAAAUAGAAUACUAAGUUAAAAAAAAAGAAAACACUAAAAAAAACAAGAUAUAAUGAAACAAAACACAAGUAUUUUUUGUGUAAGUCACAUGAUUAAAACAAACCUUGUGUCUUUUUCUCCUGAACAAAACUUAACACAGAUGAAUCCUCAGCUUCUUUUAAGCGUCUCUCUGUGCAGUCCUUUACAGGUUUUAGUUAACGUCUCCCCCAAAACACCGCCAUUGUGUUUUGUGUGCUUUUGCAACAUUUUUCUUUUUUCUGGUGUUUUCUUAAGUUGCACUUUAUUUGACCUCUCAGGGCCCCCGUAGUUUCCCCAGUCUUGACAUUAAGCUAACUGUCCCUUCCAAUGACUACAGAAAACUUUAUACAGUCAUUGUUCCCAUCACUCUAACUUCUCUUUUAUCAGAUAACUAAAAAUUUUUAAUAAAUAAUAUUUGCAAUCCUGAUUAUAGACUACAGGCCUUAAGAGGUGUUGUCUUUAUAAAACUGUAUGCCACCUUUAGCUACACAUAAGUAGAUUUUUAUGUGAGUACUUAAUUCUCUCACAGUCUCUGCCAUUAUCUGCACAAUUAUCACCACAGAAUAAUGUCAAGGGGUCAUUGAUUUUACAUUAGCGGAUAUGCUAAGCUCUGUGUUGCUAGCAUAGAGCAAUACUCAGUCAGGUUGCCCUUUCAAGAUCAAACCUGUCUAAAAGAGAGACAGUGUCACCAAAAUAUAAAUAAAUUAAACUGUAAUGGACAUUGGUUAACAUGUAUACAUUCAAAUGACAUAUGACAGCCUCUGUGAAGCCAUCUGAUUUGUUUCUUUUUCUGUUUUUUUGGUUGAUAAGCAAACUAUGUUGUUGUAGAAGUUAUGCUAACACUGCUAGUCUGUGCUAAUGAUUCUGGGUUAAGUGCGGAGAAACGUGGGUUUAAAUGGUCAGCCAGCAUGCAUCUUCGUGGGCUUUCACUGAAAAGAGAUCUUUUAUUUUUCUCUUAAUGAAAUGACCCGUUAUAGUGUCCUCAACCAGUUUAACUGGGUUUCUCAAGGCAACUUAACAAGCAUUUUUAGAAGACAGGUGAAGUACGAGUGCUGAUUUAUGGGGACAUUUCUAAAUGAUUUAUUAGUGUGGAUGUGAGGUUUGAGUUUGGAGACAAUAGCUGUAAAUAUGGGGAUUGAAUUAAGGGCAACAAAUUGCCAUUUUACACAGUGUUUCAUAUUUUUGUGUACAGGUAAGAGUAUGAAACGGCUCAGACUCGGCCGGCUUCGGCUUGAAUGAACGUCUCAUUUUAAUGCUGCAUCAUGUCUCUGAAAGGAAAUUCACAGGAUCAGAUGGCUCGCUAGAAUGUAUCUGAACUGUACUCGUGUUUGCCAUCUGAUGCAGACGGGCAGUAGGUGCAAAUACUGUGCUACCCCCUCAAUUCAAUUCAACUUUGCAUGAAUGACUCAUAUUUUGAUAAAGUCGGUAAUGCAUUUUUAAAUAACGACGACAAAAACCUUUAACUUAUGCUCAGUUCCUGUUUGUUUGCUUGUUUGGUUCUGUACCUUUAAAAAAAAUUCUUUUACAUUUUGCACAGCGUGGCUACAUUUGCUCUCCGUGUGCGUUUAUGCCUCUUUGUGUGAGUGCGUGUUUCUAUAUAUGUGUGUGUAUGAAUGUAUGCGUAUAUCCACAGAAGGUCAGUGAAGAAAAAAAAAAGAAGAAGCAAAUCGAACCAAAAUAGUGUGUUAUUUAUUAUUCUGCAGACAUUUUCUUCUCAGUGGAACCAGUUGCAUGGCACAGCACUGCUUGAGGAUUGUAAUGUUGAGUACAGAUUACAACUAAAGUGCACUUGAGUGUACACUCGGAUUAUACUGUAUGACUUUCUGGUGUGUUAAAUUAGUGUUACAUUUGCUGACAAAACCACUAGCAACCAAUAAAAAGAAACGUUUAUUUCCAUUUACAAAUCAGAGCUAACACCUAGACUUGAAGCAUGUCUGUGUGGAAAUAGUUUGAUGAUGAAGUGGAAAUGUUUAAUGGUGAUUGUUAGAUUAAAUAUAAUGGAAAUGUUUGGGAUUUGGAUGAAAAUGAUGAUGUCAUUGUGACUGAAAAGCCUUUAUAUUUGGAGCUUUCCUGGCACUUAAAAGGAGAAGCAUGGUGGAGUCAAACUAACUUUGAUUGUACUAUCUGGGGAGGGUGGGGAAGCCAUGUUGGGGCUUUGGAAAGUUUAAUGAAACUUGAGCCUUCUCUCUGUACAAAUGGACGAAGCAAAGCGAUGGUGGUGGUAAGGGUGGGGAUGUGGGGUCCAACAAAGCCACACCAGGAACCUCCAGGUCUCAAGUUGAUGCCAUUACCCCCGUCUCCCCCUUCCAGUGUCAUUUCAGGCUGUUGGGGUGGCUCAAUCAGAGGGUUGAGCCUUUGGGCCACUCUAGGCCACUGUUGUAAAUUGUUGUUCUGUGAUCUUGCUUGCACUUUUUUUGUUGUUUUAUUUGUUUUUGUUUUUCUUUUCCCAAAAAUAAGAAACUAAUUGUAAGUAUGUAUGCGUGCGAGUGCGGGUGCACUUUUCGUUUUCAAUCUUUGCAUUUUUUGUUUUCCAAUGUGACUGUCUGUUGUAAACAACACUGGAUAAAGACGAGUUUUUAAUUUGUAUUUUUUACCUCGAGAGGAAGAUGCAAUCUUCUUGGACAUUUUUUUUAACCGCCCUCCUCUUUUCCUCCCUCUCUUUCUCCUCCUCCUCUUCCGUCUGGUACCUGGGAAUGCUUUGAAAUGUGGACCGUGACCGCAUUGCUGUCAUCACUGCUGUCAGUCAUUCUCUGUGAAUUCAUUCGGCUUUCUCAAUUUACCCAGUUUUUUCUCUCUUCCCUCGACUCAUUUUUUUCCAUUAAAAAGAUGAGAUUGAAAAAUGA